GUUUGAUCUUAUUAUCUUAGAGCAUCUGUGGCUAGUUAAGUAGCUAGCCUAGCUGCGUUUCAAAACAACUUGAGUAAAUCACAAUCGAGGAGUUGUCGAGUUGAGUAAUGGACACAAGUUUGAUCAGGCGCUUAAAAGAAACGGAACUCAAGAAGCAGAUCAAGGCGAGAGUUCAGCUUGGUGUUUGGUAGGAUCGCAUGUUUUUACAGGAUUAGGGCUUAAAGGGGACCGACUGGGAAUUUUCUCACUUCCGGUUUGAACCUGCAUUCCUACAGUGUUUUGGAGUGGCAGCGAUCUUUCAAAGUGUGGGAAGCUACCAGUCCCUGCAUGCAUCAGAUAAAAAGGCGAAAUGGGAUUGUUGUGACCGAGAUGCCGUCUGUAUAUCUAGGAAAUCAAGAUUUGGAGACGAAACAACUUGGAUCUCAAACAAACUGCCCUGUUUCCGGAUGAUUUGAUUCCUGCUGCACUCCUAGCUCUGCGUUAUGAGCGCCAUCAGCGAUUAAAGAACCACUUACUUUGUAAUCUGAUUCAUUUGAUACUUAACCACAACAAUGUGGUGAUGUGUUUGCACUUGAGGGGACGAGCAGUACAUUUCAUGUAGAUUUUAACUGUGGAUCAAAAGCAAUGGAAAUAUAGUUUUAAGAUGAACUAAAAAUACCGCACGGAAAGUGCAAACGUGUUACAGACAAUGCAAAAUCACUGAUUGAUGAAUUGGAGUUCACGGAAAUCACUCGGAUGCAUCAUUUUGCACUUGAGUUUUAAAGUAAACUGGAAGGACGGUCACAUGAUGCUCGAAGUAUUUCACCCUAAAACUUCAGCACUAAACAGCCUGGUACUUUAAGACACAGGAAACGUGACAGGGGAAUUGAAAGCUGUCGUUUCAUGAGGAUACAUUUUGAACAGAAGAAUGGCAGGAAAAGACUACCAUCAUCUCUUCAAGUUGCUCAUCAUUGGUGACUCCAAUGUAGGGAAAAGCAGUUUGCUCCUACGAUUCGCAGACAACUCAUUCUCUGGCAGUUACAUAACUACUAUUGGAGUUGACUUUAAGAUUCGCACGGUAGAGAUAGAUGGCGAAAGAGUUAAACUCCAGAUCUGGGACACUGCAGGGCAGGAAAGGUUCAGGACCAUCACCUCGACGUAUUACAGAAACACUCAUGGUGUCAUCAUCGUUUACGAUGUUACAAAUCCUGAAUCGUUUGUCAACGUGAAAAGAUGGUUAAACGAGAUAUCACAGAACUGUGACAAUGUCUGCAAAAUUUUAGUUGGAAACAAGAAUGAUGAUCCUUCUAAAAAAGCUGUGGAAACUCAAGAAGCUCUGCGCUUUGGAGAAUCAGUUGGUGUGAGGUUAUUUGAGACAAGUGCUAAAGAGAAUAUCAAUGUAGAAGAGAUGUUCAUGGCUUUCACUCACAUGGUCCUUCGGGCCAAGAAACAGAGCCAGAGUCGAGCAGAGAGAGAGAGGGAGAGAGAAAAGGACACUGUCCAUAUAAAUUCGCACAGGGACAGAGAAAGGAGGAAGAAAGGGAAGAAAUGCUGUUAGGAAAGAGGGACAAAUCGAACACCUUUGCAACUCUGAUCCUUUGGGUCAUGUUUCCAGCUCAGAAAUGUGACUUUUUUUUAUGUUAACACUGCGCUUAGAUAAAACCAAGAGGAAUAAAAAAAUAACUUGCUAUUAUGUGCCGAACAUCAGCGUUUGUUUACACAAAUGUUUAUCAAUUAAAUGUUUUUUGUUUGUUUGUUUGUUUUUUUACAAAAGGGGAAUUGACUGGCAUGGAUUUACACUGGCAUCGAAGGCCUGGUCCAGGAAAGACACUAUAUUCAAAAUGUCUUAUGCGUUCCACUGUGAUUAGUGAGAGGUGUUUCUUGGAUUAAAAUUGACUUGAUAUAUGUCAUUAAUGUAUGCAAAUAAUAAAAUAGCAAUAAAAUAUGAUUUUAAAAAUCACAACAACAAUGUUCAUUUCUGAUAUCUUGAAAAAGUAAUGUAUGUAGGUGACCCGUGCUGGACUGAUUAAAUGCUCACUGUCCUUUGCCAUAUAAAAUGCUAAAAUGCACAUGUUUCUGAGCCAGAGUUGUUGUUAGAUUAACCUACUAAAUGAACGGUGUAGGAACCAUUUCUUUAUAUUAUUAAAUUUGACCUCUGAGUCACGUUCAUGACUCAUGAAUAAAAAAUGUAUUAAAUUA